AUGAAGACUUGGCGUACGAACCUGGUCGUCAACACUAAAAACCAUCACUACAAAACAGGAACAAUAAAUAUAAAAAGUGGCAUAUUUCAGGGGGAUACUCUUAGUCCCCUCUGGUUCUGCCUGGCGAUGAACCUCCUCAGUCAGCUCAUAAACAGACAGAAAUAUGGAUAUAUUGUGGAGAGAUCUCGGAACAUCAAAAUAAGCCACCAAAUGUAUAUCGAUGAUCUUAAAUUAUAUGCUGCUAAUGAAGAAGAAAUGAAAAAACUUUUAAAAAUAGUCGCGUCCUUCACGAAGACCAUAGGGAUGGAAAUUGGGGUGGAUAAGUGCGCGGUGGUUCACGUAGGAAGGGGGCAAAUACGGGAUGGCGAGGGACUCGCAGUCAUGGAGGACGUAACAAUACCUAGGCUCAGCGCGCAAGGUCAUUAUAAAUACCUAGGAAUACAACAAGCCUUGGACAUAAAGAAGGCCGAAAUGAAGAACAUUUUUCGGGAAAAAUACUUCUCGAGAGUGAAAAAAAUACUGCAGUCCAAGCUGAAUGCUAAAGCGACGUUCACGUCGAUGAACAUGUGGGCUCUCCCGUGUUUGUCAUACUCAUUUGGAAUUAUCAAGUGGACUGCUGCAGAAUUAAAAGAACUCGAUAUUAAAACGCGCGCGCUACUAACCAGGCACGGAGUUCACCACCCACACGCUUCGUCUAAUCGACUAUAUAUCAGAAGACAGGAAGGAGGGAGAGGUCUGCAAAAUAUUGAGAAAUUGUACAACGAAACAGUCGUAAGCAUGCGGGAAUAUUUUCAUGCAAAGAACUCACCUCUUUUGCAAGCUAUAUGUCGGAGUGACGAGAACUUGACUCCAUUAAAUCUGAGCAGCCAGGAGGGACCAGUUGGUGGUAUAACAGAGGCACAACUCAUUCGGGAGUGGCAUAGCAAAGCGCUCCAUGGGAGGUAUCCUGGUAACCUGGAAAAAAAUAACAUCAAUAAAAAGGAGUCACUAACUUACCUUAGGGCUGGAUACCUGUACCCAGAAACGGAAGGCAGACUCGUUGCCAUCCAAGAUCAGGUGGUCCCAACGAGAUCCUACAUAAAAAACAUAACGGCAAGAAACAUACCAACUGAUAGAUGCCGUAGAUGCUUGCAGGCGCCGGAAUCUAUACAACACGUCGUGUCCUCGUGUUCCGUCUUGGCGCCGACAGACUACACGGAGAGACAUAAUGCCAUGGCUAGAAUUUUCCAUAGAGCCAUCGCCGAAGAAACCGGAUUGGUGAAAAGAUCAAAAAAGCCAUAUGAGUAUCGUCCGAGCACAGUUUUGGAAAACGGCGCAUAUAAACUUUAUUGGGAUAUGGUCAUAACAACGGACAAACCAAUACCGCAUAAUAGGCCCGAUAUAGUGCUUUUCGACAAGGGGCAAAGAUCUGCCAAAAUCAUGGAUGUCACGGUUCCAGCUGAUGAUAAUAUAUCCAAAGCAUUCACGGAGAAGCUUACGAAGUAUCAAGAUCUUGCCUUCGAAUUGAAGAACACUUACGCUCUCAGGUCGGUGGUGAUUCUCCCACUCAUAAUUUCCACCAAUGGACUGGUCGAGGCACACUUGGAGGAGUACACUGGCAUGCUGGGUCUACAAAAAGAAUUAAUAAGUACUGCACAGAAACAGGUUAUUCUUGCAACCACAAGGAUAGUGCGAAAGUUCCUUACCACUUCCUGA